AUGAAAUCCUUCUACAUCGCUUUUAUGCUUGAAUAUGCUUCUUAUGUCAAUCUCCUCGAAGACCUCUUUAUUGCCAGCGUUCUCGGAUACAUAGAACUGAAAUUUGAUCAAAUCAACGAACACGUUCGAAAGCUGGGCAGCGAUAAGAAGUUUAUAAUACAAGAGGCGUGGGAACAUUCCGAGAUACGUUCGUGUCAAACAUGUGCAAAAUCCGUAAGCAACGAAUGUAUCACAUGGAUCGUAAUACAUCUCCAUUUAGAAUUACGUAAAAUAUCUCGCGAGUUGAACACAAUAUUUGGAUUGCAAAUGACCGCUAAAAUGAGCACUUAUUUCGCUUUUAUAGCGCUGUGCUUUAGCGAGAUUUUCAACAUAAUGAUGAUUCGCAAUUACGAUCAUAAAGGCACGCUAUACUUAAUCUUAGUCAUAACGUACCUUAUUCUAUUUAUUUUCAAACUCCUCAUCAUUAAUUAUAUGUGCGAGAAAGUCAGCAUCAAGGCAAACGCAACAGGGGAUCUUAUAAAUAGAAUAUCGUAUUGCACUUAUGAUAUUGUGGUUCACGAAAAUAUUUUGCAACUUUUAUUGCAAAUUACUCAAGCUCCGGUCAAAUUCUAUGGACUUGGACUUUUCCAAUUUGGCUUAAAAUUUCUUCAUGGGUUUUGCAGCUCUGUUGCAACCGUUAUAGUUAUAUUAGUACAAUCGCACAUUAAUAAAUAA